AUGAAAGCCUAUGAAAGGAUGCGAUCGCUCAGGUCUCAAGGACUUUCAGAAGAGGAAGCAUGGAACGCUAAUGCUGUUGAACUUAACCGAGCAGCUCGAGUUCAUACCAGGCAGUACAUUGCUCGCACGUUCGAUGAACACGUGAAGUCAAUAGUGGACGGACCGUGUCGUGAAGUACUUCGGGAUCUCCUUCAUCUCCAUCUCAACUAUGAACUCUUAGACAUGGCGUACUACCUGCUUGAAGAUGGCUAUUUAUCGGGUCAGCAAAUGGAUUAUAUGAAGGAAGAAAUGUACCGGCUCCUUGCCAGAUUACGCCCGAACAUCGUGUCCCUCGUCGACUCGUGGGAUUUCUCAGAUCACGAGCUCAGAUCGGUGUUGGGACGAAGAGACGGUCACGUGUAUGAGAACUUGUACAAAUGGGCACAGGAGAGUGAACUCAACCGAACGCAGGUACUACCAACUUUUGAGAAAUACCUCAAACCAAUGAUGAAACAAGCCAGGGAGCAGUCCAAGCUAUGA